ACUUUCCUUCAGUGUACGGACCGCUGCUGAACUCUUUUCAAGCUUUACUCAUUUUGAUCCAUGGAGUUCGCAGCCUCCUCUACACUUCGAACCAACCCUCAAAUUCCAUGCUUUAGCUCUGCAUCGACGAGAAGAUUCCGGGUUCCAGCAAAGCUACCUUGCUGGGAUAAUAAUCGUCAGCAGCAUCAAUUCUCAAACGCCUUAAUUCAGUUUUCCAUAGCUUCUCCGCACGGAGACUGUCCUUCUAGAAAGGUGAUGAAUAUGUCUGCAGAUAAUUCUGGUGAAUUCGAGCUAUCAACUUUAACAGCAUUGUCACCUUUAGAUGGUCGUUAUUGGGGUAAAGUGAAGAAUUUGGCUCCCUACAUGAGCGAAUAUGGUUUAAUCUUCUACCGGGUUCUUGUUGAGAUUAAAUGGUUGCUGAAACUUUCACAAAUUCCAGAAGUCACAGAGGUUCCAAGCUUUAGUGAAGAAGCCAAGUCCCAUUUGCAAGGAUUGAUUGACGGAUUUAGCAUGAAUGAUGCUUUGGAAGUUAAAAACAUUGAGAAAGUGACUAACCAUGAUGUGAAGGCAGUGGAAUACUUCUUGAAACAGAAAUGCCAAUCACACCCAGAAAUUGCCAAGGUGCUAGAGUUUUUUCAUUUUGCUUGCACAUCUGAGGACAUAAACAACCUUGCCCAUGCAUUGAUGCUGAAACAAGCAAUGAGUGCGGUCAUUUUUCCAUCUAUGGACAAAUUAAUUAAAGCAAUAUGUAACAUGGCAAAGGAUAAUGCUCACAUUCCCAUGCUUUCACGCACUCAUGGCCAGACAGCUUCACCAACAACACUCGGGAAGGAAAUGGCAAUAUUUGCUUUCAGGCUAUGCAGACAAAGGAAAAAAGUUUCUGAAGUGGAGAUGAUGGGGAAAUUUGCUGGUGCUGUUGGAAACUAUAAUGCACAUCUUGUUGCAUAUCCUGAAAUUAACUGGCCACAAAUUGCAGAAGAUUUUGUAAGAUCUCUUGGCUUGGAGUUUAAUCCUUAUGUUACUCAGAUCGAGCCCCAUGACUAUAUGGCCGAACUUUUUAAUUCGAUUGUCCGGUUUAACGAUAUCUUGAUUGAUUUUGAUAGAGAUAUAUGGGGAUACAUAUCUUUAGGAUACUUUAAGCAGAUAACUAAGGCCGGUGAGAUUGGGUCCUCAACGAUGCCUCACAAAGUAAACCCUAUUGAUUUUGAAAAUAGUGAAGGUAAUCUUGGUAAGGCCAGUGAAGAUCUGACUUUUCUGAGCAGGAAGUUGCUUGUUUCACGUUGGCAGGUGGUUUUACUCCAACCAGUGGAGUAUUGAAUCCAUAGUACUAGCAUCCAUUGCAUGAGAGCUUUGAUUUGUUUUCUUUUAUUUUUAUCUUUUGGCUGCAAAAGCUAUGUUAUAUAAUAAAUCAAAUCCCAUCUACAGUAGAACUCUGUUUAAUGGGACCUUAACUGGGUAAUGAUAAUGAACUAAGUCUCAAGGA